AGUUGACACAUGGAUGUACGAGAGCGGCAACAAGCUAUGACUAACUCUAGUUUUAUUUAUAUCUCUAUGGUGGACAAGGACAAACUAUAGGAACUAUUAGACCAGUGGCAUCCAAACAAAAUGAUCGUUGAAAUCAUAAUCUUCCUGAUAACUGUUAUACUAGUGUACUUUUUGUAUGUGUACAAAUGGGUGCAUCACUAUUACGACAAGAGAGGAGUGAAGUACUUACCCGGGGUACCGAUUUUUGGAAAUAUUUUGAAAUCUAUAUUUCUGAAAAAUCAUAUAGUUGAUGAUUUGGAUACGGUGUAUCGAGCUUUCCCGGAUGAAAAGUAUGUAGGCUACAUAGAAGGCAUGGCUCCGAUUCUCCUGAUCCGGGACCGGGAGCUGAUGAAAUCCAUCACGAUCAAGGAUUUCGAUCACUUCGUCGACCACAAGGAAUUAUUCUCUGAGGAGAUUGAGCCAUUGUUUGGAGGCAGUUUGCUUAUGAUGAAAGGUGAAAGAUGGCACGACAUGCGCAGCACCCUGAGCCCUGCCUUCACCGGCACGAAGAUGAGGAAGAUGCUGCCGUUCAUGACGGAGAUCAGCGCCAACAUCGUCAACCACUUGAAAGGUCGUAUUGGCGAGGAUAUUGAUGUCGAGGACCUGGUACGUCGCUACACGAGUGACGUCAUUGCAUCCGCCGCCUUCGGACUGCAGGUGGACUCGGUGCGGGACAAGGACAACAAGUUCUACAAGACUGGCCAGAACCUAUUCAAUUUCACCGGCUGGCAGCUGUUCAUGUUCUUCUUCACUGCUAUCUUCCCUAAUUUGUCUAAAAGACUUGGCGCUAGAGUGUUCCCGGCUAAAAUAACGGAAUUCUUCAACCACCUGGUGUUGAGCACGAUGGAGCACAGGGAGAAGAAUAACAUCGAGAGACCCGAUAUGAUACAGUUGCUCAUGGAAGCUUCUAAAGGUGCAUUAAAAGAUGACAUUGAUGCAAGUGACAUUAUGUCGCCCACCGAUGACACGUUCAAACCAAAAGCAGUGCAAAAGCAGUGGACUCAAACUGAACUAGCGAGCCAAGUUUUCAUCUUCUUCGUAGCCGGCUUCGAGAAUUCUGCUACAGCCCUGGUAAUGUGCGUGCACGAGCUGACCAUCAACCCCGAUGUCCAGGAGACAUUGUACCAGGAGAUCAGGAGCUUCAAGGAGAAGCACGGGGAACUGACUUACGACAACCUCACUGCUUUAAAAUACUUGGACUGCGUGUUAUGCGAAACGCAAAGGAAAUGGGCAUCCGCUCUUAUCAUGGACAGGGUUUGCACUAAGCCCUAUGAGUUACCCGCGCCGAGGAAAGGCGGCAAGCCAGUGCAAUUGAAUAAAGGCGACGUAGUCUACAACGUAGUGAACUCUGUCCACAUGGACCCGCAGUACCACCCCAACCCCACCAAGUUCGACCCGGACAGGUUCUCCGAAGAGAACAAACACAACAUCAAACCCUUCACCUAUAUGCCCUUUGGCAUGGGACCUAGGAACUGCAUUGGGUCCAGAUUCGCCCUUAUGGAGCUGAAAGUUUUGAUAUACAACCUCGUGCUGAACUUCAAGUUAGUGAAGUGUGCGAAAACCAUGGACCCCAUCGAGCUGAAGUCCUCCUUUACCAUUCGACCCAAGAACGGAUCCUGGGUUCGGUUGGAACCUAGGACUUAGGUAGUUGGCCGAUCGAUAGUCGACUAUCGCGAUUGUGCAUCGAAAACCUACACACAGUUCAUAAAAAAUCAAUGAAUCCGAUAGACAUCAUUCUCAGGUGGGUUUAGAUAAUUUAAACGUUUUAUACGUUUUAAACGUUUUAUAAAACGAUUUAAUAAAAACGUUUUAUGCAGGCAAAGUCGCGAGCUGUUUGGAAGUAAAAUCAUAAAAACACUGUCUGUAAUGUUGUUAUUGAUUGUAUAAUCGUGAUAUUUUCAUUGUUAAUUCGUGUUUUUUUUAUUUUAAUAUCCAUUGAUACUAGUACCAGUUCGUACUAAAAAAUUUUAACUUGUUAUUUUUCCUACGAUAACAUUGUAAUGAAGUGUCUGGACUGCCACAAGCGAUCAAGCGGUCGUUUGAUAAUAAAAAUUAUAAAGCCACAAGUUUU